AUGGCCGAAACCGCACUCGCCAUGGACUCGAGUUCAUGCCGAUUUUGUUGGGCCGAUGGAAGGACGAUACUAUCUACUUAUCGUGGACGCCUAUUCCAUGUGGCCGGAAAUCGUUUGGAAAUCCAAAGACGCUCGUCACGGACAACGGAACGAAGCAACGGACAAGCAGAACGUUUUGUGGACACCUUCAAAAGAGGACUUGCCAAACUGAAGGGGAAGGAACCAACAGUGGACGCACUACAGGCGUUUCUGAUGGCAUAUCGCUCCACUCCCUGCCCGUCUGCACUUGACCAGCGUUCACGUGCCGAAGCCUUCCUGGGACGCCGACUGCGAACGGAACUCGAUCUAAUGUUACCUUCUAGAGAUAGCACAAACGGUGCAGGAGAUCUCAAAGUGGAAUCUCAAUUCAAUCGUCGAAAUGGAGCACGACGCCGCAACUUUGAGAUCAACGACGCGAUUUUUGCCAAAGAUUAUCGAAGUCAGAGACCCACUUAUACUCCCGGUUUCAUCACACGCCGUGUUGGAAACACGACCUACACUGUUUGCUGUGGAAACGAAGUAUGGACUCGACACGUAAGCCAGUUGCGAUCCAGGAUCGGCACAACUGCGACUAAUACUUUCUUGGAUGUGUUCGACUUACCGCUACUCGACUGCGCGAGAAGGGACGAAGAUGCAACGUCGACUGCCGACUCUUAUCAACGACUGCAACGCCAUCGACGACCCCGUCGACGACUACAGGUGGACCCACCAUGA